AUGGUAAAAGAUAAUAACGAUAAUAUUGUACAGAGAGACGAUAUGAAUGAUAAGAUUAUAGAUUUCGAAGUCCGUGGUCUUAAUGUCGAGGUAACUGAGCAUAACAUACAUGUGCCCAACGCUAAGGCAAUGUUGGAGACCAUUAUCAGUGAGUGUAUGGGAAAGCCUUAUAAGGAUAUACAGGAAAUGUCGAAUGGAGUGACCCUGUCGUUCCCUAAUAUAACUAACCAAGAUGAGUUAAUGAGAGACGAUAUGAAUGAUAAGAUUAUAGAUUUCGAAGUCCGUGGUCUUAAUGUCGAGGUAACUGAGCAUAACAUACAUGUGCCCAACGCUAAGGCAAUGUUGGAGACCAUUAUCAGUGAGUGUAUGGGAAAGCCUUAUAAGGAUAUACAGGAAAUGUCGAAUGGAGUGACCCUGUCGUUCCCUAAUAUAACUAACCAAGAUGAGUUAAUG